UCGACAUGAAUGUGAAGAGGCACCUUUAAAGCGCAGACUUCCCUUGGGCUAAACGCCGGGCCAAUGGCGGCCUUUGCAGUACCUGUACCGACAAGUUAGACCAGCUCAAACCACUGGCUGGUUAAAUUCCCACCCGGAGCAGCUCAGCACGGAGAGCAAACACUUGUGUUUUGACAAGACAGGCACAGGUAAGCGCCGCCGCGACGUCCUCGCGACCAUCCUGCUUCACAAACCCCUGCAGACACAGCAGAUGUGAAGCCCACACCUCCGGACCUCAGCCACUGUCUGUCAGAAAUGGAAGGGAAAGAGAAAGCAGAAGCGAUUUCGCCCAGUGAUACAGAGUGGCGGAAGAGCUGCGAUCCAAAAGAAGCUGGCUGGAUCUUCACACGAGACCUUCUGCACAAGCACGAAAAUUCCAAAAGUCUUUAUCUGACGGUGGACAUCAGGCAGGACAAGGAGGAGCAAGACCGAGCGCUGAUCGCUUUCUACCAGCGAGACAACGUCCAGUGGGCGUCGCCGCUUCAGUGCAGACUGAAAGGCGACGUGGCGGCCGGGACUGGAGUGGACCGGCACAUGAUAUCGCUGGUGAUCUUCAAACUGAUCCGUGGGUUUCACAUCAACACAGGAAAUGGACCCAUCACCCAAGUGUUUGAAGGCCAGCCGGAUCAUCUGGUCCCUUCGGUGUCCCUCAAGCUUCUUGAAGACAACAUGUUCGUCACAGCAGGCAGGAUGAUGGGACAUUCCUUCCUGCACUCCGGCCCGAGCUUCCCCGGACUCAGUCCGGCUGUGGUACACAUACUUUUCGGUGGUUCGCUGGACACUACUCCUGUGAGCAUACUGGACUGCCCUGAUCUGGACGUGCGGGACGCAGUGAAGAUGCUCGACGGAGAGGCUGACCUGCAUGACCUUGACUGGGCUCGUCGCCUCUGUCUGUUGUGGAACCUCCCCACACCGAAUGCCAACAACAGGAAAUGGCUGGCGAGGAAGCUUCUUCUUCACACAGUCAUUGAACGAACAUGGUGUCAAAUCAAUCAGCUGCGGACUGGUCUGAUAGAAAGCGGACUGUGGCCACUCCUGACGCACAGAGCCGACGUCAUCCCCAUCCUGUUUCCACGGGAGUCGGAGGCGCAAGUCACAGCUCAGAUGAUCUCGGAUUGCAUCACAUGGCCCUCAUCUGUCACGUAUCUCUUCGACGUCUACGAGGACCGAGAGGCCGACACCGGCGAUGACAUGGAUGUCAAGAGAAUUUGUGGCUACUUGAGAACCUUUGUUGACACUGCUCCCCCGGCCGAGCUGAAGAGCCUGGUGAAGUUCUGGAUCGGCUGGGAGGUACCGACGGCGGAAAUGCGGGUCGAGAUCGUGGACGCCGCACUUCCCACCGCUUUAACGUGUUUUGAAAAACUGAGGCUGCCGCGACACUACACCUCGUACGCCGUGUUCCGCCAGGAUCUGAGGGCGUGCAUCUCGCAGGGCUGCAGCUGGUUUGGCUGCGCCUGACGGAACACUGCACAACCACAGAAUAAACGAUUUUCUUACGUUGACCUCACAUUCUUUACGACACUGGUCAGGAUAGAAAGAAUCAGAAACAGCAGCUGGAGGAGGUUUCUGAGUCCAAAAAACACCACACAAUAUGGCCACACAAAACAAGACGUCGAACUCCUGUCCCAGUUUGGUUGGUGGACUCGCGCACCAAAGCACAGUCAGCAGGUCGCCAGCCUGGAUAGUUGGGAGUCGGCCUCACACUUCAGCUACCAAAACACUUAAAAGCCGGUAAUUACUCAGUCAUUCUGAGGCUCCUGUUCCUCCAACUCAGCUGUCAAGCAGUCACUCAAAGGUGCAACGCCUACAACAGCCAUCGGGGGGAAGCACAGCUCGGUU